UUAGUACAAAAUUAACACUCAAGUGGUUUUGGAAACAUGAGCUCACCGCUGUCCAUCCUGAGGAAGAACAGACGAGCUCCUUUACCAGACAUACACACUGAUGGGGAGAGAAAGGCUGACAAAGAAAGGUCAGACAGUGACUAUGAAGAGAAAUUAUUCCAAGACAUUUUCCCACAAAACCAGCCAGUGCCACGUGUUCCAGAUCAUCUUUCCACUUUAAGAUCAAAGGUUAUGCAAAAGAAGAAGGCAAAAGCAGCUGUGCCGAGUGAUUUUGAACUGAUGUCAAGUAUGAUGCAGAAGAUCUGUCAGCUAGAGAGAAAAGUGAAAACUCAGGCUGUGGAUAUAGAGCAGAAGGCGAGAAGAAUAGCAGUUCUGGAAGAGAAACUGAAUAUACUGCAAGAGGCAAAAGCUUUAGAGGAAUCUGCAAGUAAUGAAAACCAAGAUGAAGGAUUGGUUCAGUUAUGCCUCAAGCUUCAAAAGCAAGUGUGGGAAAUGGAGAAGUUUCUGAACGACUAUGGAAUGAUCUGGGUUGGAGGCUAUGAAGAACGUGAUGAGCAAGCUGAAAGUCAAUGCACAGGAGCAAGCUCAGACCGCAAGAGUUUUGAAAUGAACUUUGACCUGGUUGUGCAGAACGUCCAGGAACUCAAUCUGGAGGCAGGAGAUGGAGAGUCUCAUGUGACGGCCAUUCCUGGAGGCGCCAAACUGACCCAGAAGCCUCCCAUACCUCUCUGGCUUUACAAAAACGGCAUUGUCAUGUUCAACGGUCCAUUCCGCUCCUAUCAAGAUCCAACCACACAGGAAUGUAUGCAAGACUUGAUGGAUGGGUUUUUUCCUUCUGAGCUUCAAGAAAGGUUUCCCAAUGGUGUGCCUUUCCAGCUUCAUGACAGACGAGACGAGGAGUUUAUAGUUCGACGACCCUGGGCAGAGUUUCCUGGAAGAGGACAAACUAUAGAUGGAGCAGGACAGCAGACGAUGGACAGUUCUGAAAUCAGCUCCACAACACCUAAACAGAGUCAGAUACCAGGCAGAAAACUGUCCAUGGAGCAGUUCCUGCGGAAGCUUCCAGAGACUGUUGUGAAGGCAGGCAAAGUGAUUAGUAUACGGGACUCAGUAAAGGCUCAUCUACUGGGCUUCUCUGAUGAUGCCAAGAGUCGUUCAGCAAUCAUUGUGGAAACAUCCGCCCUGCAGAGCUCCAGAGAAUGUGAGACGGACUCUUCACCAUCAACAAAAGACGUCAGCACGCUCCGAGUGAAGUCUGAGGACGGCACGGACACGUUCAUCAUCAAAAUGUACUUCACUGAGACCAUUGGAGAUCUGCGUCAUUACCUGGACGUGAAAAGAGGUCCGAGUGCUGCAGCAUAUGACAUCAUUAGCGCAUUUCCACAGCGCAGAUACAGUGAUGACACUCAGACGCUGCUGGCGUGUGGUUUGACUCCAAAUGCAGCGCUGCUCCUGCGUGCACAAGCUCCAGCUCACAGACACUGAACUCAAACACAUCCAGUCUCCAGUAAUGAAUCACGAGGUGACACCCAAUCCAUGGUCAAUAUGGUUUAUGACUGUUUAACUUGUGCUAUAGUAAAAUCUUCCAGCAAAGUCUACAAAUAGCAUCACGCGAUUUACAUCAGUGACCAAUUAAAUGUCUUUAUUUACACAUUUUUGAACGUUUGAAGUCAUUAAACACUAAAAUAUCCCUCUAAAUUAUAGGUUGGACUGUUUUAAAGGGACAGUUCACCCAAAAAAAAAUAAUGAUCUUAUUUACUCCCUCAUGUGGUUUUAAACAUUUGAGUUUCUUUUUUCAGUUGAACACAAAAGAUGAUAUUUUGAAAAAUGACUUCCAUAGUCAUUUUAUUUCCCUCUGAUGGAAGUCAAGGAGCGCCAGCUAUUAGCAUUUUUCUAAAUAUCUUCUUUUGUGUUUAGAGGUUGACAAAGUGCUUAAAAUCACCAAGAGGAGACACUCAAUAAAACGUUCCAUUGCAACAGCAGCAUGAUUCCACCAUUUUGGAGUGAAAGCGAUCGGCUGUCCAUUGGAUCUUAUUGCUGUCGCGAUGGCAAGCAGUUGCUUUGUUUUAUUUAUUUAUU